GUUCUUGUCACCUCCAAUUAGAAGAAAAAUACAAUUAUCCCCAUAUACUUUGGACGAGAAAAAAUAAUUACGAAUAUCUUGCCAUAAACCAAUAGAAAAUAUUUUGCCAUGUCAUUGCUGGAGCAAUAUGAAAAGCAAUAUUCAAUAUUGAUUGCUGAAAUAACCAGUCAAAUUGGACGUCUUACACUGACAAAUGAAGGCAAGGAACUGUGCAAUAAAAUCGAUGCUAGCCUUACCGAGGCCCAGGAAUUGUUGGAACAAAUGCAGCUAGAGAUACGAGAUUUGCCACCAGCCCAGAGGACCACAGCUACUAGUAAAUUAAAUUGUGCUCAAGUCGAAUUGAAACGUCUGCAAAGUGAAUAUGCUAAGGCCAAAGAGAAUAGUAGGAAGAAACAGAGUCCUUUAGAUUUUCAAACAGCAGCUGGAGACUAUGAUGAUUAUGAAGAUGUGGCCAUAAGUAAUGAUCAACGACAGAGGUUGUUAGAAAAUUCCGAGACAAUUGAAAGAACCGGUAGUCGUUUGCAGGAAGGCUAUCGAGUGGUGAUUGAGACAGAAACUUUGGGUGCUCAAAUCUUAAGUGAUUUACAUUCGCAACGUGAAACCAUACAAAAUGCCCGUUCACGUUUGAGGGAAACGAAUGCCGAAUUGGGUAGAGCAUCAAGGACCCUGAACACCAUGAUGUUGCGGGCGUUACGCGAAAAGGCUGUGCUAUAUGUUGUGGGUGGGGUGUUUGGAGUGGCCGUUGUUGUUAGUUUAUAUUUAACAUUUUCAUCACCCACAACAAAUUCAUAAACGCAAUGCGUAUAAAAUUAAAAUAACACACAAUAACAUCUUUGUUGUAGCAUAUUUAUUAUUAAAUGUUUAUUUUUAAUUCUUUUUUUUUUUUUUUUAGAAAAUCAUUCCAUUUUAGUUUUUAAGUUACAUACUUAUACUACCCUAUAUCUGUAGUUUAUAGUUAAUGCAAAUCUUGUAUAUCUAUGUAUAAUCUUGGCAUACGUUGCGCCAAUGCAUAUGUAAUCCGUUUUUCUUUAUUCUUAAUCUAUUAAUAUUUAUAAAUGUAUUUUCAUUAAAUAUGUAUAUGAUGAAAAAGAAAACAAAAGAAAAAAACAACACGCCUUAGAAAAUUA